AUCGAGACAAUGAAGGCGGUGCAGUGCCCGAUUUGCUACGACGCGUGCUACGACCCUGUCAGGACGCGCUGCGGCCAUGCGUACUGCCGGCCAUGCCUCGUGCAGUGGACCGCGGAAGGGCAUACGUCGUGCCCGACGUGCCGUGGGUUUAUCACGGCACCCAAGGCCGACAUGGAGGUGGCAUCCUUGUCGUGGGACCGGUAUGUUGCGAUUCACUUUCUCCUGGGUCUGCAUUGGUUGAACCCGUACGGCAUUGGUCUUGGAUAUUACCUUGGCAGCCAUGGCUUCGGACUCGUGGCGCUGUUGACGCUCUUGCGGUGGAGCGACCGAUACGACGACGUGGCCACAACGUGGGACUUGCUCUUCCACGCGUUGCUCAUCCUUGUCACAGCCAGCAUCGCGAUCCAAAUGAUGUGGAGCGUCGGCAUCUACUACACCCUUGACUGGAUAGCUGUCUCGUUCUGUGUGUGUUUCAUCGCGCAACUCGCCUGGCAUCGUCUGGUGUGUCCAAUUCCGUACAACCCGUUCGAGAAGUUUGGCCACACAAGGCCCGUGGGAACAGCGAUACGCCGUGCACGUUGAUGCGAACGGAAUACUGGUCUAUCUACUCAUCUCGUCAAUCUACACAACUCGUCUUCAUUCACCAUCCUCAUUCUUGCCUUCCACGCGCGUCCUCGAUCGAUCGUCUAUGAAUGCAUCCAUCGCGUCACAGCCCUGCUACAAAUAGUUUGGUCAUGAAACCAAAAAUGCAAUAUAUAUCAUGUUUUAUAUAAAUAUUCAC